AUGGAUCUGGGCAUCCCAGAUGUGACUGUGGAUGCAAGCUUCCAUGAACUCACUCCGGCAAGCACCUGCUUCUGGCUUGCAGAGGUCAUCCCCAGGGCCAGGCGCCCACCUCUUUCAAAAGACGUGGACCGGAAAUGUUUGCAAAACUCUUAUGAGGAGAAAGUCCAAUGGAGUUCCUACGUAUGUAAAUGGUUGGAGUCAGCUAGGGACCACAUGCUGCCCAUUGACUAUUACUUCCCACCACAGAAGACGUGCUUGAUCUGUGGAGACGAAGCUUCCGGGUGCCACUACGGAGCACUCACCUGUGGGAGUUGCAAGGUCUUUUUCAAAAGAGCCGCUGAAGGUAAACAGAAAUACCUCUGCGCCAGCCGGAAUGACUGCACCAUUGAUAAGUUCAGAAGGAAAAACUGCCCUUCCUGCCGCCUCCGAAAAUGCUAUGAAGCGGGGAUGACCCUUGGAGCCCGCAAACUGAAGAAACUGGGCAAUCUGAAGAUGCAGGAGGAAGGGGAAGCAGCCGGCCCUUCGAGUCCCACAGAGGAGCAGGCCCCAAAGAUGACCAUGACCCGCAUCGAGAGCCUGGAAUGCCAGCCCAUCUUCCUCAACGUCCUGGAAGCCAUUGAGCCUGGCGUGGUCUGCGCAGGCCACGACAACAACCAGCCCGACUCCUUUGCAGCCCUGCUGACCAGCUUGAAUGAGCUUGGCGAGAGGCAGCUGGUGCACGUGGUGAAAUGGGCAAAGGCCUUGCCAGGAUUCCGUAACCUGCAUGUGGAUGACCAAAUGGCAAUCAUUCAGUACUCCUGGAUGGGCCUGAUGAUUUUCGCCAUGGGAUGGAGAUCAUUCACCAACGUGAACUCCCGGAUGCUGUACUUUGCUCCAGAUUUGGUCUUCAACGAGUACCGGAUGCACAAAUCCAGAAUGUACAGCCAGUGUGUCAGGAUGCGGCACCUGUCUCAAGAGUUUGGGUGGCUUCAGAUCACUCCCCAGGAAUUUCUCUGCAUGAAAGCUCUGCUCCUCUUCAGUAUUAUUCCAGUGGACGGCCUGAAGAAUCAGAAAUUCUUUGAUGAACUUCGGAUGAACUACAUCAAGGAACUAGAUCGUAUCAUCGCUUGCAAGAGGAAGAAUCCCACGUCCUGUUCUCGCCGUUUCUACCAGCUCACCAAACUCCUGGACUCUGUGCAGCCGAUUGCCCGAGAGCUGCAUCAGUUUACGUUUGACCUCUUAGUUAAGUCCCACAUGGUCAGUGUGGAUUACCCAGAAAUGAUGGCUGAGAUCAUUUCGGUGCAAGUCCCGAAGAUCCUCUCUGGGAAAGUGAAGCCGAUCUACUUUCACAGCCAGUAAUGGAAAGGGGGCCAAGACCCAGCCCCCCCAGCCCCCCCACUGAUGCCCUUUCAGCCGUCGCUUGCCUGUUCUCUCUGCACUAGAGCACUGCAGUGCCUUGGAUAUGCAGUAACAAAACACUGCCUGCUGGGAUCUCCUUACAUUUUGAUUUGACUUUUUUUCUUCUUGGGCUACCCUGCAAGCUGAGUUACGUGACCUGGCUUUUGCCCCUGUUUUGAAUGGUGUGCCCCCCAGUUGUUGCUGUUUUUUGGGAGGGGAGUUGAGGCACAGUAACAAUCAGGCAUGAUGCCAAGUGACAUUUGUUUACAUGCUCGCACAUUUCCCACCACGAUUUUGUGGUCUUUUGUGCUGCCGUGGAAGCUUUGAGCUUUGAAACACACACAGAGAGACACAAAGACACACAUCUCAUUUUAGUUGUUGUUGCUAUUGUUGUUAUUCUUUUUUUAAAAAAAACAAGGUAACAAGCAAGUUAAAAACAAGAACAUAUUGGGAGUGGGUAAAUUUUUCUUACCGUCAUUUUUUCAGUGGGGUCCCCCCUGUCUCCAAGAUGCAAAAGGAUUUCCUCAGAGUAUAUGAGAGCAGAACACAUAUCUGGAAAUCCAGUGCGAAAAAUCAGUCCAGGAGAUUGUAGUGAAUUUCAGAACGAACCAACAGACAAUAAGAAGACCUCUUUUUGCAGCUGUGGGCCUCACAUGAGCCCAAAUCCUGCAAGCGUGGGUCUGUACAACUGGGGCCAUAUUUCUGCAUGCAAGGAAAGCCUCAGGCACCCUGCCGGUGCAAACUGUGCACAGAGAGCCAUGUCCCCACUGCUCAAACCAGCAACACCGACCUCUCAGCCUCUCAACAGAAUUACUGCCACGUUCCUGCCUGCAGCCUUGUGUGCCGCUUUGCCAUGGCCUUGCUGGCAUCUCUGUGGGCCUCAA